AUGCUCCCCCCGCUGGACGAUGCAGGGGAGGUCAUGACAUACGCACCUGCCAAGCUCUCGGCGGCCAAGAUAACAACGCGGUGGCUCUCUGCAGGCUUUGUAGCUCGUGUGAAUGGCGUCCAAUGUCGGCGUCCCGGCGCCGGUCGAGGAACGGCUUAUUACAGGAGUUUUCCUCUCGCUCCAUGGGCUGCCGAUAUUGUUGAGUUGCAAUUGCGGCAAAAGCCGCUUUGUGUGAUGGACUUCAAUGAGAUAUCAACGCUCUUUGGGGGUUCGAUAUUCGCAGAAGAGUAUCGAGGCGACUUCAGACAGAUCGAAACGUGCAUUCAAGAAAUUGAACGAUCACAGCCUCGUCCUACACUGGAAGGCCAUGCUCGGCAAUGUCUUCUGAGGGGGAUUUUCGAAACGCUGCGUGGUGAAUAUGGUCAAAGUCAGGCAUGCUUCGACAAGAUUCUCGAGCACGAAGCUAGUCUGGAUGAUAGAUGGAAAGUCCGGCUCAGGUUGUAUGAACGUCUGAACCUGAUUUCCAGGUUGACAUUACCUGUCGUUAGGUUUCGAUCCAACUUAGGGGGUUCCGCGUCCACGAUCCACGAGUGUGAGCUUGGGAAUGAAAGCAAGGCUGCCUCUUUAAUCCCCAUGUAUCCAACGACGUCCAUCGUGGACAAGUGCGAGUUUCAAGUACUUCAGGAGCUCCACUCCUCAUACAUCGCAGCUUGGGUAUCCGCUUGUUUGCAUGCGCGAUUUGCCAAUGCAGGCUUGAAAGGCGCGGCUGAAAAAAACAAAACGCUUCUUCAGAACACGCCGUCGGCUGAAUUAUUUAACCUGAUCUCCCGUUCGGCAUUGUCGCCUGCUCUUGGGUAUUGUACACGGUUGAAGUGUGAAAUAAGUCCGCGAGAUACGCAGGUUCAGCCGGCUGUUGCAUUCGCAGAGCUCUAUCGCCUCUACCAAACGGAUCACGACCUCGUUGGUCUGGCUAGCUACCAGAUCAUCCUAGGUGACAGGACUGUCUCUCCUCCCUUCACCAGUCCAUUGGCGCUGAAUAUGAUUUUGGAAGGUCAAUUGUCAGGGUGGGAUAAUGAAGAAUGGGACAAAGUUGAGCCUGCCUUCCGUCUAAAGCAGCACAAGGAAGCAGAUGCCCAUUACACAAACGCACUUUCCCAUGUACAGGGAAUUGCUGCGCCCAGAGUGUGCGGGGCGAUAUCUCUGCGAAGAGCUUGCAUUUUGCACAUGAGUGCACUCCAUGUUAUGUCUGAGGGGAAUCAGGAAGAGGCAGACGCCUUAUUCAGUGAUGCGGCAGUUCAACUGUACUCGGCAGAGGACAACUUCUCCUGGGAUGAAUCUCACUUGCAGCUCGUCGCCUGCCAUAAGCUACUGCUCGACAUCAGCCGGGGUGACCACCUAUGGCUCGAGAGCAGGGCCACCGAGAUCGGAUCGUGGGGAAAGACUUCUGAGAAUACUGCACUAGCUCAAAUGCUGGGGUUCAUGAUGAUGAGAUUUGGGCGACGGCUCUUCUUUGAUCAAGCGAGAGCAGACCUUGCACGACUUUGCAUUGACAGCGCCAAAGCUCUUUUUGAAGCCCUUGACGACAAGGUUUACCUCUUGCAAUCCAAGCUGGCAGACGCUCAGUUGAAGUAUCUCUGCGGGAACUUUACUGCUGCGCAAGUCGCGAUCGACACUAUUCGCCAGGAGAGCCGAGUCUUCAGAUAUCUUCAAGAACUUUCAUCAAGAGAUGCCCACAAUGCAAGGGUGCUCGGUAUGCCAAUUUUGAAUCUGCUUACGGGAUAUAACCGUAUUAUCUCGACCAUUUACGGUUCAUCAAACGAUGCGAAUGCCAUCAAUAGCUGGCGUGAUGAAUACCGCGACCUUGGGGAGGAGUUGGGAUUGACAGAGAUUAUUGCGGCUAAACAAUGUCUUUCUGACACCGUUGGGAAACAAGUCAACAUGUCGGAGGUUCUAAAAGAAACAGAAGCAGCAUGCAAUUUGAAGGAUUUAUAUGAUGAUUACAUGACCCAGGGCCUGGCCAAACUUGAUGAAGCUGAUCUGGACGGUUUCAACACGUGCAUGGAGGAAUACCUUGAGCGGAGCGCCACAGUCUCUCGCGCGGAAUAUACUCGACUGAUCCACCACGUUAUCGUACAUACUUUACUUGAAAGGUAUGAAAAGGCUCGCCAGCUCGUUCCACACGCGAUCUCGUCCAUAUUCGGUGGCUGCGCGAAUAACUUGGUCGACUUAGAGUUGCGCGAAGUGCAGUUUGAGGGUCUUUCAAUUUCCAAUAAGGUGAAAAUCGACUUCAACGCAGCAGACCUGGCCAUCUCAUUGUGUUAUCUUUCACAUGACUGGACCAGGGGUCUCGAAAUUCUCCUCCAGGUUGAACAAGUAUUUCCUGACCAGCUCAAUUCCGACCAUCCCGAUAUGGACCGCACGGAGUGGAAGUUCGGCGUCUGCGUGGCGGCCAUAUGGGAACAUAAUCAUAACGUGGACAAAGCCUUUUCCUGGUAUCUCUGGUCGUACAGAUCAUUGCAGACGCAAAGGAGACAUGUGGAAGAUCCUGAUGCAAGGCGAGGUAUGGGAUGGUCGAUCCAUAGUUCAAACUUGUUUGCCGGCCUCGUCCGAGUGGCGUUGAAGUUUUGGCGACAGCAAACUACCACCUUUUCGGAACAGAAGAGUCCAUCGGAUUGGGGCUUGACGGGUGCAGACUGGCUUACUCAGGCACUUUUGUUUACAGAAGACUCAUUUGCCCGGACGCUGUUGGAGCUGAUCAUCGUCAACGAUGAGGCGAGUGUUGAGGACCUUGAUCGCUGGUCGACUAAAUCUUUUCUGAACCGACAGAUCAACGAUCUCAAAUCGGUCGAACGAACGGCACGGAAGGAGCUGAGGUCUCUUGAGCAAGAAUGUUUCUUGGCAAAGAGACAACGGAGGAAUGCUCUGAAUCCGACUCUUGAAAAGAGGCGCAAAGUCGUGGAACGUAUUGAGAGAGAAAUCAAACAAUAUGAACAUGAGCUGAAAGAGCUUGAUGGACAAGGGAGCGGGGCCGAGCUCUCCGUAUCUAUUUCAAACGCUUCGAAGGCACUCCUGUUAGCAUCACAUUAUCGGCUGGAUAUACCGACAAUCUUUACCGCAGUUCCUCCUAAUACUGCUGUGAUCGAGCUGAAUACUUCCCGCGGUGGGCUGAUCAUCCUCGGAAUCACACAGAAAGGCGUUGAGGUAGUUCACGAAGACCCUACCAAUGAGCUCGAACUACGCAGGAUGGUUUUGCCCUACGUGAAGGCUCUACGAAGCGGAGGCGUGGGCCUCGGUGAAACCAGCCUCAUCAACAAAUUGGUCCGUCUCUCGGAACUGGUGAUUGAUCCGCUUAAUGAACUGCUCCCGCGGGUCGAGCACGUUGUCUUCGUGCCUUCUUCGACAUUCAUUUCUUUCCCCUUCGGAUGUCUGUUCUACCAAAAGGAGCCGUUAAUUCUUGCCAAAGCUGUCUCACAAGUUCCCAGUAUUGCCGUGCUGGAGCGACUGGUCAGGCUGGAUGAAGGGCGAGCAAGAUCAACCAUGGCAGCGUCCAAGCUUAUGACGAUCGUCAACUCUCACCAGCAAACCAACAGUGAAGCAGCCCCGGUGGUGCUUGGAGCACUAGGCCUGUAUCGACUCUUUAAGACCCCGCCUCUUGCGGCAGAGGCAGUUGACGAAUCCAAAUUUGCAAGAGAGUACGAAGACGCGACUAUUGUCCACAUCGGCACACAUGGCCAUCAGUCCCCGCUAUCACCAUGGCAAUCCUACCUCUCAUUGGCCAAUCAAUUCACGGUAAUGGAGCUUGCCAAAUUGAAGACGCACGCCUCACUAGUCGUCUUUUGUGCCUGUCUGUCUGGACUCGGAAAAGUGACCAAUGGUAACGACGUGCUUGGUUUCUCUCAUGCCGUCUUGCAAUCCGGUGCGCAGGUUUACAUGGGGGCGUUGUGGAAGGUCAGCCAAGUCGAAACGCUGAUGUUGUUGACGCUGUUUUACAGGAGGAUCGCGGCACAACAGGACGGCAUCUCGAUUGCGAAAGCAUGGCAGUACGCCCAAAUCACACUUUACAAUAUGACGAAAGCGGAAGGCUUGAACUUUUUGGAGGAGAUCAUGACGGACUGGGAUUAUGCGGAGCGAGCCGGCAUUAGUGUUGCGAGCUUUUUGAAGGGUGGUAAAAGGACCCUCCGGAUCCCUAUCGACAAUAAAAAGCGUGAGUGGGAAGAACAGCCAUUUAAGAACCCGUACUACUGGGCCUCAUUCUCGCUCAUUGGACAUGCCGGUCUUUCUCUGCGGUGGUGCGCAGAUUCUGGUCUGGCUGACAGGUAG